AUCAGUUUUCCUCUGCAAAAUUUGACAGUUCGUAAAGCAUUUGAAGAUGCAAGGAUUUUCACAUAAAGAACAAAACGGUGUCGCUUUAAGCUCAGAUAUAGACUUUAAUGACGUCUUCGGCGGUCCGCCGAAGAGGAGAUCGUCGAUGCACGAGACACGACGCCGUUUUAGUGAAAACAGGGAUUCAUCAUCUUCAUCAUCAUCUUCAUUCGGUUCAAGUGAUGAAAUAUCUUUUUCUGCAUCGUCGAAGAAUCCAUGGUUGUCCGGUUCAAGUGAAAAACCAGUGUUCGGCGGUGAAGAAGGGAUGAACCAGCGGAGGCACUCGAAUGCUGAUUUCUUUAAUGAUAUUUUUGGUGGGAAUAAUGAUCGGUGUUUGAGUUCUUCGCCGAGGAAAUAUGAAAUGAAGGAUCCUUUUGCACCACCAUCCAUGGCGGAGCCUUUUGCUACUUCGUUGCCCAGUCGAUUCAGCCUUUUGAACAAAGGAAUUGACCUCCCAACAUCUGCCUCUCCACAAAACAAGGUUAAAGCUUCAAAUAGCUUAAGCUAUUACGCUACCAGGCACGAUCAUGAAACAAAAAGCAAUUCAAUCGAAGAUUCAAAUGGUUCUAAGAUCUCCAACAAUGGCGACAAAUUGCAGAGAUGCUCAAGUCUUAAGGGAUGGGUGACAUGCGAUAGCAGAUCGGAUAAUUGGUUCGUCUCCGGUGAUAGAACGUCCGUGAAUGCUAAAUCUUUUAGAAUCGAUUCGAGAAAUGGAGACGGAGAAAGAGUUCGAUCUAUUAAGGAAGAUGAUCGAUCCCUUUCUCGGCCUCAGCUUAAAACUCUGGAAUUGCUUUUACAUGAAGACCAACAAGGCAAUGAUGAGAUGAAUAGAUAUGAUGGAACAAAAGACAUUUCUAGGAAGAGUUCAAAGAAGUUAUAUGAAAUUCUAGAUGUUGAAAACAUCAAUAUGGAAGCCAAUAUAACAAUAGUAAAAGGUAAUGAUGAGAUGGUCAAGAAAUUUCAUGAUAUUCCAUAUGAUGAAAACAUCAAGAAACUAAAUACUACAAGAAGUGCUAAUUCCACCAAUAUGGAAGCCACUACAAGAGUAAAAGUACAUCAUGCAGAUGAGAAGAACAAGAAAUUACAUGAAAUUCUAGAUGAUGGAAACAUCAAGGAACCAAACACUACAAAAAGGGCCAAUUCCAACAAUAUAGAAGCCAUUACAACAAGAGCAAAAGGUUCACCUAGGAACUCAUGGGAUAAUGGGAAAAGCAAAGUUAGAGGAAAGGUCACAGAAUUCAUCAAAAUUUUCAACCAAGAUGCUUCACCAAAGCCAGAGAAUGGACCAAAUCAUCUUCAAAUGAAUGAAAAUGAAGUGAAAUUUCGUAUGCCUACACUGCAAGAGAAGAAACCAUUUUCCCAAGUUGCCAUUGCAGAUCAUAUGAGUGAAGGUGAAGCACAAAAGAACAACAAUGGUUCAUUAAUAGAUCAUGUUUCUAAUGGCUUCAACACUGUAAUCGAAGAUCCUGCAAAAUCAUCCGAGGACAACUUUUUGAUUGAAGACCAAACACCAGAAGAGAAAAUUUUCCCAGAUUUUGGUAUUGAUCCGGAAGAAAUCAAGGCCAUUGAUGCUAAAAUACAGCAAUGGUCAAAUGGAAAACAAGGAAACAUCCGUUCACUGUUGUCAACCUUGCAAUAUGUUCUUUGGCCUAACAGUGGUUGGAAGCCAGUGCCUCUCAUGGACAUAAUUGAAGGACCUGCAGUGAAAAGAUCAUAUCAAAAAGCUUUAUUGUGUCUACAUCCAGAUAAACUACAACAAAAAGGUGCUGCCUCAGAUCAAAAAUACAUUGCACAAAUUGUCUUUGAUUUUCUACAGGAUGCAUGGGCUCAUUCCAACUCAAUUGGUUUAAUGUGAUUUUUCACUUGUGCGACGUUCCAUCUGCCGACAAAAGGAUGCAAAAUUAGGUGCUCAAUAUUGGGGUUAAAGACAUAAUUUUUUAUUCUUUAUAGAUUGUUUUACUUUAAGUGUAGAUUUUCUAACUUAAAUAUACUUGAAUUCUUGUCCCACAACUAUGUUUGGAAUAUAUAUAAAAACCCUAAUAAAGAUUACUUCAAAUUCUAAUA